UAAAAGCAGAACCGCCCACAGGACGCAGCUCGACUCGGCCAUUUCAGCCGGGGCACUAGGUGUUACUGGUCUUUAUGAAGAAGGGGGGAAAAAAGUGGUAACUUCGGAAUCGCCUACACAGGGACGUCUAAUCUCCGGGAACAGCACCUAAAGCUCAUAAAUAACGCUCUUAUAAAGCAGGCCGUGUAAUAUGGGGAACCGGGUGGCGCGUGAGGAUUUCGAAUGGGUUUAUACCGACCAGCCACAUGCCGACCGGAGAAAAGAGAUUCUCGCCAAAUAUCCAGAGAUAAAAUCUCUCAUGGGACCUGACCCGAGGCUAAAAUGGAUUGUCUGCAUGAUGGUAGCCAUCCAGUUCCUGGCUUUUUACCUCAUCAAGGAUUUGGAAUGGAAGUGGGUCCUGUUUUGGACUUAUGCGUUCAGCAGUUGCAUAAACCACUCCAUGACUUUAGCCAUCCAUGAAAUUUCCCACAACACAGCAUUUGGCAACAAUCGUGCGAAAUGGAAUCGCUGGUUCGCCAUCUUUGCUAACCUGCCUAUCGGUCUGCCAUACUCUGCCUCCUUCAAGCGCUACCACCUUGACCACCACCGCUAUUUGGGUGGGGAUGGCGUGGACGUGGACAUCCCAACCGAUUUUGAGGGCUGGUUCUUCUGCACUCGCUUUCGCAAGUUUAUUUGGAUUAUUCUUCAGCCGCUUUUCUAUGCAAUUCGGCCUCUGUGCAUCAAUCCAAAACCCAUCAGUCAGUUGGAGUUAGCUAAUGCGGCUGUCCAAUUUACAUUUAACAUUCUUCUCUAUUGGCUGUUGGGUGCCAAGCCUUUGUUUUACAUGCUGGCUGGCUCGAUGUUGGGAAUGGGCCUCCAUCCUAUCUCUGGACACUUCAUUGCUGAGCAUUACAUGUUCCUCAAGGGCCAUGAGACUUAUUCUUACUAUGGAUCACUGAAUCUGCUCACUUUCAACGUAGGCUAUCACAAUGAGCACCAUGAUUUCCCCAGCAUCCCUGGACGAAGGCUCCCUCUGGCCGCCUUCAUCUUCUUCUUCACCACCAGCACCACUUGUGGAUCAACUAAAACACUUGCGCAUAUUUGCUGUCCCCUUCAGUUCCAGAAGAAUUGCAACCUUGGUACAUACGGUACCCACGCUACUGCAGAAAAACAAGUACCAUCACGUUUUAAGAAUGUUUGUACCGAAGUAUUGGUUCUCUUGACAUCCCUAGUAUUUAUGUAUCUCUUUUUACGGAUGCACAAAAAGUACUGAAUGAAUUCUACAGUCCUAGCAACAUAUUCAUACACUAGAUUAGCAUCAUCUCAAAUGGAGUACAAGCAUUAUUUAUUUAUUUUUAUUCUUUUUUUCUUUUCUUUUUUUUUUUUACAAAAUGGAACUAUAAGCUGCUUCCUAGUCGAUGGCAUGUGACCUCAAAUGCACGUAAUGCAAAGCUGCUAGUUUUAGCCUAAUACCCAGUCAAUGAAAAUGAGUUUCUUCAAUUUACUGUUUGUCAACGUUAACUUUUAUGGCCAACAGUCACCAUCAGACAGAGGCCAAAUCGUUAAGUGACUGCGGGAAAAAAAGUGUGCUACCAUUUUAUAUUGAACACCAUGUUAAAGAUUAUAACCUGUAAACUUGUUUAGCACAGAAGCAUGACAGUGAAGCAUGAACACAUUUGUCAUUUUAUUCUGCAUUUGCAUGUCUGCAUUACAAAAUCUGUUUAUUUUAUUUAUAUAUAUACACACUAUCUCAAAAAGUGUACACCCCUCACAUUUUUGUAAAUAUUUGAUUAUAUCUUUUCAUGCGACAACACUGGAGAAAUGACACUUUGCUACAAUGUAAAGUAGUGAGUGUACAGCUUGUGUAACAGUGUAAAUUUGCGGUCCCCUCAAAAUAACUCAACACACAGCCAUUAAUGUCUAAACCGCUAGCAACAAAAGUGAGUGAAUGACACAGGAAAAAGUAUUGAACAUGCUAAGUUCUCCAAGGCAAGCUAAGACAAGGAACCAGCUGAAAUCCGUAAGUAAUUACACCCCCUAUCUGUGCAAAAUAUCAGCUGGGUUAGUAAAUUGAUGCUCUAUAAAAAGGCUUUUCGUUACCGUGGUGUCACACAAGAAACAUCUCAUGACUGGUAAAAGCAAAGAGCUCUCCCAAGACCUUCGCAACCUUAUUGUUGCAAAACUUAUUGAUGGAAUUGGAUACAGACAUACUUCAAUACUUCUGAAUCCUUCAGUACGCACCAUUGGGGCCAUUAUCCUCAAGUGGAAGCAACAUCACUAAUUUCUGACCAGGGAGUCAAGGACCACUUUGAAAGAGCUCCAGAAACACUUGGAGGCAGCAGGUGACAUCGUUACAGAGAAAACAAUAGGCAAUGCACUCCACCACCAUGACCUCUAUGCAUGACCCAACAAUCCAUUACUAAAGAACAGGCAUAUCGAAGAUUGUUUAAAUUUUGCUACCACUCAUUUGGACAAGCCUAUGGAAUACUGUAAGAGUGUAGUCUUUUCAGAUGAGGGCAAAAUUGAACUUUUUUGGCUGUCAUACUACACGCUAUGUUUGGAGAAGAAAUGGAAAGAGAAAACACUGUGUAAACAGUGAAGUCUGGAGGUGGAAGCAUCAUUCUGUGGGGCUGUUUAUCAUCGCAUGGUACUGGCAGACUUCAUAUAAUUGAAGGAACGACGAAUGGAGCCCUUUACCGGGAGAUUCUUGAGAAAAAUCUGCUGCCAUCCACGAGGAUGAGACGUGGGUGGACCUUCCAAUAGGAUAAUGAUCCAAAGCAUACAGCAAAGGAAACUCUCAAUUGGUUUCAGAGAAAAAAAUCAAGGUGUUAGAAUGGCCCAGUCAAUCAAAUGACUUGAAUCCAAUUGGACAAGAUUUAAAGACAAUAUGUUUAGAGGAAUGGGCCAAAAAUCAUACAUGAAUACUGCGGCCCAUUAAUUUCUUCAUACAGGAAGCAUCAUGAAGCUUUCAUUACAAACAAAGGCUUCUCCACCAAGUAUUAAAUAAAUUUCAGUUAGCAUGUUCAAUAAUUUUUUCCUGUGUCAUUCUGCUUUAUUAUAGAACUUAUAUUUAUGGACUUUAAUGUUGUUAUUUACUUAUAUUUGAGGAUUUCUUGAGUUAAUACUGAUGUCUGGUGAAAAUUUAAUGUGAAUAGCCUCAUUGGAAAAAUAUUUACUGAAAAAAAUGUUGCCGCAUUCAAUACUUAUUUCCCCCACUGUGUGUGUGUGUGUGUGUGUGUGUGUGUGUGUGUGUGUGUGUGUGUGUGUGUGUGUGUGUGUGUGUGUGUGUGUCUUCAGCCCAAAACCUCAUAACAGCUGUUAAUGUGAAGUUUUAAUCUGACAUUUAUAUUUGUGACUCAGUUUGUGUAUUUUAUUUAAAAUAAAUAAAGAAAAUGGUA